ACUUGUGGUUUGGAACUUUCUAUUGGUCGAUAUGUGAUAAAAUCAAUUAAUGGGAGAGCGGGAUCUAAAUUGUAACUCACUCGUAGUGCAUAGGUUAUGCACGUGCAUUUCCCAGUUGUAUAGCAUAUAGAUAGAGUAUAAAAGGACAGUCAAGAUAGUUCACCAACGACAGCAGUACCCAUGACGCAAGGAUUAUUUAAAGGAUAUACAAAUGUUGUAAGACUUUGCCAGAGAUGUAUUGUUGUUCAUUUUACGCCACACGCUAUUAUUUGCAGUAAUAGCACAAGAGGUGCUUACCAUAGAUAUCGGUAUUUCAACAGCAAGACACACAACUGUUCGGAAAUCUUAGAAUGUCCUACGUUUGAAAGUCAACCGGCAUGCUGCCUUUCUAUAUUCGACCAAGAAGAUGAAGUAUGUGUUGAGACAGCCAGAUCCCGUAAACUUCGAAGGUUUUCAAAAUAUUGUUUUGAUUCCAACCCGUGGAAAUGUAGCUUUUGGCCGGAACCCACCCUUACGGCUGGGAUAUUUAUGGAGUGUAACUCAUGGGAAGUUGCAGUGUUGGAAUUCCAAAUCUACUGUAUAGACGAUAAAAUUGAUGAACAUUAUUAUCUUUUUGAAAAUUUAACUACUCGUCAUUUGUACAAUUCCUUGUACCCCAAUUCCAGCUAUGAAUCAUUCGCUAAUACCAACCUUUCUUGCUCAGUAUUAAUCACGAGUCCAGUCACCUAUGAAGUUUUUGUAAUGAAUGGAGGAGAUGGAGAUUGUGUAGGUAUUCAAUUAAGAAGUGACGAUGGUACUGACUUAUAUCCCACAAACAGAACAACUUGCAACUACGACCUCACUUCAGACACAGUAACCAUCGAUAAAAACUUUACCCUUAAUUUGUUUACCAACGACACGCUAGCAACCGGCGUGAAUGCUACUGUACUUGUGGUACUUAGUUCAAAAGAUAACUUCACUAUCUGGUGUCUAGGAUACCCAAUAACAACCACAGUUCCAACUACUACAGUUCCAACCACAACAACCGGUCCAACUACUACAGCUCCAUCUACAACAACCGGUCCCACAACCUUACCGCCAACGACACCACCGCCAACAACUACAACUACACCUCAACCCAGUCCAAGUACAACACCAAGUGAAACAGCACCAACCAAGGAAGAAGGAGGUGGGUCAAUGGGAAUAAUAAUAGGAGCCGUAGUAGGCGUUGUUGCCGUAGCAGGUGCUGGAGUUGGUGGAUUCUUCUUACUCAAGAUGUUGAAAAAGCCUGUAAUUCCGUCACCAACUGUGUCACCGGCAGCCAAAUCAAAGUAAAACGCAGGUUGUGGUAUCUAUGGACAACAGACCAACCCAUCAUUACUGCAUUAUAAGUAGUUUAUUUUCCAGGAAUAGGAAAUGUCACCUACAGCUUACUUAUUAGAAGAAUAAUCUGGUUAUGAUCAUAUCUUUCCAUGUAUUAGUUAAAUUAUAAACUUUAUCCAAGUGUA